AAAAAAAUAAAAAAAAAAAUCACUACUUUCUUUUACAGCAUUCACGAGCAGCCCUUAACUCCUGCUCUAGAGCAUCCUCCAAUAGGGCCUCGGAUUGCUGCAUCAGCUCAGGGCUUAGCCUGAACAUCAGCACACAGAAUUCCAUCUCGUCGAGGGCCCCAUCGCCGUCGAUAUCUCCUUCCCUCACCAUGCUCUGCAACUCAUCGUCCCUCAAAUCUUGCAGCCCCAAAAGGGCCGAAUUUUUCUUCAGGCUCUCAAAGGUGAUGAGCCCUUUUUCCCUAUCAACCAACAGAUUAAACCCUUUACAAAGCUCCCCGAUUAAUCCAUCCCCGCCGAGUUUAUCGGCCAUGAAUGGCAGCAAAUCUUGAAAUCCACCUACCAUUUUACCAGCCAUCAAGAUUCCCUUUUUUUUUUUUCUUGAAAAAAGCUAAAAUUUUGGACAACAAAAUCACAAAUUGGACAUGAAAUAUGUGAAGGGGCAUUGUGAUUUUUAUACGAGGUUUGCCAGCCAAUGUACAGAUCAAGUGAUUUUGCUCUGUCGGCUCAGGUUCUUGCAGAACAGAGGACACCCGUCUCUUUCCAAGAAGAGGCCCAGGGGCAUUAAGAUUUGUUGGAGAACUGUUGGGUUGCAAGGUGACUUGUGGAUGGAAACCUGGAGGCAUUCAGGACAAUUGAAUGUAUUACUAAUUUAUUAUUUAUGUGAAGCUUGCAAAAAAAUAAAAAUAAACAAAGUGUACACUUGGAACCUUGCUUAUUUUUGAAUGACAUUAGUUGUUUUUACAUGUAUGUUUGAG